CUCUUCAGUUUACCUGUGAGACCGUUUUGGAUCGGUUCGUUCCAAGCAUUUCUCCGGCGCGUCUUAUCAGUUUGUCUUUCGCAACAAUCCAACGCGAACGAAUAUUUACCCGAACAAUUACUGUAUUCUUACUAACAAUUCGAGCAAUUGUCGUCUGUGAACUUGUUAUGAAGUGAACCUGGACGAAACAGGAAGUGUGAGUUGAAAAGUGUGUGAAAACGAAAUUUUUGCAGAAAAGAAAAUUUCACACCUGGAAUUUAUUGAGUCACUCCCGGUUACUUGAUUAUUUGCAUUGCUGGCUUGCUAUUCAUGAUCAUGAUCAUUUUUAACGUUAAACAUUCCGCAUUUGUUGCAUUGCUGAUCGCUACCGCUCUAAUUGGUAUCGUCAAUGGCAGACAAAGCCGAAUUAUGCGAUUUCAACCAGAGACCCAACUGUCCACAGCAGUACGAUCAUCACCGCCACCUUCUUCGUCAUUAUCUCCUACGGAUGAUAGCUGGUUUAGCUGGGCCAACUGGCGGAGUAUAUUAUUGCGGAACGGAGAAAGUCAAGCAGGCGAGUCUCGAACGUUUGGUUUGAAACGACGCUUGCAAAUGGCUCUUAUUCCGCUUGUCUUCAAAUUCGGCGUAAUUUCGACCCUUAUAUUUAUACUCGUAGCUCUGGGGCUGAAGACUGUUUUCUUACUUAAAACGCUGCUGAUUCUUAACCUUGCUGGAAUCAUUGCCAAACUUUUCAUUUGGAAGUCGGAACUCACAUCAUCGAAAAAUCAAGUCACAUAUUCACAAUGGGUCCCACCAAUUCCUCCCCAUUUCGCUCCACCACACCAUGAAGAAUUGAAAGGAAAAGAAGUCCAUCUGCACAUUCAUAACGUUCCUCAUAAUGAUGGCCACGGAGGAUGGGAACAAUCAAACUCAUACCAUCACGAAACUCAUUUAGAACCUUAUGGAGGCUAUUCAAAUCCAGCACCAUCAUAUGCACAUCCAACCCAACGAAGAAGUUUUAAGAAAAUUCCUAUAAGUUUUCAUAGUCGAUAGGAAAUUAGACAACAAAGAACACCAAAAAUAGUUGUAAAAUAUUAAUUUAAUGCAUAAAAAGUAUUGUAUUUAUUUAAGUUAUUUUAAUUUAUUCAGGUAAGGUAGUCAGAUAAGGAAAGCCUCUGAACAUUGUAAAUAUGAUCGAAAUAUAGUACGAUUCCAUCAGAA